AUGUGGUAUAAGUUACCACAUCAAAGUUUAGAUGAAAAGAAACAAGUGCAAGCAGAUGCGGAUUAUGAGAUUCUAGAAAUGUGUUCUCUAGCAAGCACUGGGGGAGAAGUAGACAUUUACUUUGACCACGAGUCAGAGCCAACAUCUGUCGAGAAGGAAAAACCUAGAAAUUAUGAUGGUAAUGAGGGAAUAGGAAUUAGAAGCCUUAGGUUUAGUGAUAUUGCUGAGCAUUUAAAUGUUGAAGAAGAAAUUGAAAAUGAGGAUGAAGACGUCAGAGUUAGGGUAGAAGAUUCAAAUGUUGUCAGCGUUGAAGAUGCAAAUAUUAUUGAUGAUGAGACUAUUGCUGAGUUGUUUAGGGAGGUUGAGAUGAAUGAGUAUAGGAGAGCAAAUGAAGAAUAUAUAAGUGACGAUGAAUUUGUCGAUGAUGACAAUGUGUGUCCGGGGACUCCGCAACAUACAGAUAAAGAGUGGGAAGCAUUUGAUCGACCACGAAAAAAGGUUCAUACAUCAAGAGUAAUUCCUAAGGGAGAUGAAUUGCUCUUACUAGGUACAACCUUUACUUCUGCAGAAGAUUUCAAAGAUGCUUUAUUUCAAUAUGUUUUAGAUACGACAUAUGAUGUGAAAUUGUCAAGAUGGGAGCAUGAUAAGUUAGCAGCAGUUUGUUCUCAUAAAGGCUGUGGAUGGAGGGUUUACUGUUCUAUCGAGAAAUCCCAAAAUAAAUGGAUGAUUAAGGUGUUUAAUCCUGAUCAUCCCCACCAACCUACCGGAACUGCUUCGAUGUUAUCAAAGAGCCACAUUGCAAAACUCUUCUCCGACAUACUUAGAAGAAAACCAUCAUUCUCUGCAGCUGAUAUGCAAUAUGUCAUUAAGCGCAAGUGGGGGUUAACAGUGAAUAUUAGUAAAUGUUUCAAGGCACGACGAGAGGCGUUGGGAAUGGUAAUGGAAGAUCAAAAAACUCAGUUUGCAAAGCUAUGGGAUUAUGAGGCUGAAUUACGUCGAUCAAAUCCCAACACUUCAACAGAAAUCCAAACCAAGUUGGGAGAAAAUGGGGAGGAGCUGUUUGACUGUUUUUAUGUGUGUUUUGAGAUGUUGCGUGAGUCUUGGAAGCAUAAUUGUCGACCGGUUAUAGGUUUAGAUGGAUGUUUUCUGAAAUGGGAGUUAAAAGGUGAACUCUUAGCUGCCGUUGGCAGAGAUGCAGAUAAUCGCAUCUAUCCUAUUGCGUGGGCUGUAGUUCGGAUUGAGGACAGUGACACUUGGGGUUGGUUUCUUCGCAAGUUGAAAGUAGACUUAUGUCUCGGUGAUGGACAACAUAUUACGAUACUUUCAGACAAACAAAAGGGUUUAAUAAAUGCAGUCGAACACGAGCUUCCAUUAGCUGAUCAUCGAAUGUGCGCUCGACACAUUUAUGCAAACUGGAAAAAGGUGUACAAAGAACUCGACAUGAAGCUGUUAUUUUGGAAAGCAACAUGUAGUUUCCAUCUAGGUGAGUUCACAGCAGCCAUGGAUGAGCUAAAAUCCAAAAAUCCAGCGGCAUAUGAAGCCUUGAUCCGAAAAAAACCGGAGCAAUGGGCUCGUGCGUUCUUCAAAGAAGAAUCACGAUGCUCUGACGUCCAUAACAAUCUAUCUGAAAGUUUUAACCGAACAAUCCGAGAUGCAAGGAGGAGGCCGAUGAUUGAUAUGUUGGAAGAUAUUCGACGACAAACAAUGCAACGAAUUGCAAAGAGGUCAGUCGAAUCUACUAAAUGGGUGAAAGAAUUCAGUCCAAAAGCAGUGACUGAGUUGGAAAAAGCUCGGGAGAAGACAAAGUAUUGUAUUGUAUUCCCAAGUGGACGGGGCUUGUUUGAAGUAAUGGAAUUUGGAGUCAGUUAUAGUGUUGAUCUCAGUGGAAAACGGUGCGCUUGUCGGAGAUGGGAUUUAACUGGUUUGCCUUGUCAACAUGCUCUUGUUGUUAUUAACGAAAGACAACUAAAUAUCUCUCGAUAUGUUUCCGAAUUUUAUUCGAAGAUCAAAUUGGAAGCAACAUACCAGGAAAACUUAAUGCCUGUCAACGGAGAGCCAAUGUGGCAGAAACUGCAUAAACCACCGAUCGGUGUCCCUCUUGAAAAACGAAUGCCUGGGCGACCUAGCAAAUACCAUCGUUGA